CCUCACGGCCCGGCGGGCGGCGCGGCCGCGGGGCGCGCGGGCCCGGUGGCGGCGGCGGCGGCGGCCAUGUCCCGCCGGGGCCCCCCUCAGGUCUCAGGCACCCCCCGGCGCAAGGCCAUGGGGCCACGGGCCACGGCGGGGCAGGUGGAGGCCCAGCAGCUGCAGGAGCUGCGGAGCCGGACGGAAAAAGCCGAGCGGAGGCUGCUGGCCUGCGAGAACCUGGUCGGGGAGCUGGGCAACAACCUGGCCGCCCUGGGCAACCUCCUGCAGGACUACGGGCACCUCCAGCAGCGGCUGGACAACGUGGAGAAUCUCCUGAAGAACAGGAACUUCUGGAUCCUGCGGCUGCCCCCCGGAUCUCGGGGAGAGGUCCCCAAGGUACCGAUCACCUUCGAUGACAUUUCGGUGUACUUCAACGAGCAGGAGUGGGAGAGGCUGGACCGCUGGCAGAAGGAUCUGUACCGGGCCGUGAUGAGGGGGAACUACGAGAUGCUGAUCUCCUUGGACUAUGCCGUGUCCAAGCCUGACAUCCUGUCCCGGAUCGAGAGGGAUGAAGAGCUCUGUGUCCGAGACGGUCAGGAGCUCCUACUGACCGGUGUCGGAGACGAUCAGGAGCUCCCGGGGGCACCAGAAGAGACGGACCAGAUGAAAGAGGCUUUGGGAGAAGACGAAUUCCCUGUGGAAGCUGACACAGGCGGUGAUGUCUCCAAGCCUGACGUCCUGUCCUGGAUGGAGAGGGAUGAAGAGCUCUGCGGCAAAGACGGUCAGGAACCCCCGCUGACACGUAUCGGAGACGGGCAGGAGCCCCUGCAGACAGACAUCCGAGAUUGUCAGGAGUCCCCGCAAGCACAGGUGGGAGACGAUCAGGAGUCCCCCCAAACAGGCGUCCCAGGCGAUCAGGAGCCCCUGCAGACAAGCGUCCCAGACGGUCAGAAGUCCCCGCGGACACCAGAAGAGAUGGACCAGAAGGAAAAGGCUUUGGGAGAAGAUAAAGUCUCCACGGAAGCUGACACAGCGGAACUCCCCAUCCUGGUGAUGAACGUCAUGUCCCUGAGCGCGCAAAAAGGGGAGCUGCGCAGGGAGGAUCAGCCCGAGGAAGAGGUGGAAGAGGACCCGGCCGAGCCUGGCAGCCAGAAAGGCUUUUUACUGGGAAGUGAAGCAGCGCGUGAAGGGGCUUCUCCUCCUGAAAACGUCAAGGUGAAGGAAGAGGAGCCUGAGGCGUUGCAAGAGGUUUCCGCACCCUCUCCCAGCCCAGAGAUCCAGAAGUGCCCCAAAAGUGAGCAGGGCAAGGCCAAGAGCAAGAAGAAGCCGAGCAGAUGUCCAAGCAGCAGGCUGCUGAUGGGCAACUGUCGGCGUGGCGACGUGCGCGAGUGGUCGCACCCCUGCACCGAGUGCGGGAAGCGCUUCCGCCUGAAAAUCAACCUCAUCAUCCACCAGCGGAGCCACGCCAAAGAGGGGCCCUACGAAUGCACCAUGUGCGAGAUCAGCUUCGCCGACAAAAGCCACCUGGACCUUCACCAGAGCAUCCACAUAAAAGACAGGGCCUUUGGGGCCAAGGUCUGGGGGAACGUCCACCCAGAGCUGAGGAUCCGGCCGAGGAGGAAGUUCUACGGGGCUUUCUGUGGAGGUGCCAACAGUCUGAGCAACGGGACGUACGCUGGGGGGGCCUGGCUGGGCCAGGCCAAGGAGGAACCGGACAGAGGGAGCCUGUCCAGCACGUGUUUCUCCCGACAGCAGAGUCCCAAAUCUCCUAGGAAGCCUUUGCUGAAGUGCAGCCAUUGCAAAAAGAUUCUCUCUUGCACCUCUUCCCUCCAGCGGCACCUGCAGAUCCACUCGCAGGACAGGCCGUAUUGCUGCACCGCCUGCAAGAAACGCUUCACCCGCAGGACUCACCUCUCGCGCCACCAGAAAAUACACGAGCGCCAGAAAGCCCUGGCCGCCCUGCAACAGCCCGCCACCGUCGCGCCAGCGCCCCGGCAGCCCCAACCGCGGGCAAGCCCGGAGGCUCCUCGCUCAGCGGCGCAGGCAUCCGAGAAAAAUGCGGCCAACGCAGGCAAAGGAGUUCCAGCAAACGUGCUCCCGGUUGGUCCCGGAGAACUCGGACCGCCGGACAGGAACUGCCAGGACUGGGGUGGGAGAGCCGCCCAGCCUGUGGUUAGACUGGGAAAUAGGGCGGUGGUUUCGGGGGUGACAGAGAAAUGACGACGGGAGGGAUCCCAACUGUUGAGAGAAACUGCGCGAGCGUGGAUUUUUGCACAUGGCGGGGGCGCUGGGGCUGCGAAACCGUCUGUCCGCUGGAUUUUAGGAGCUUUCCUGAAUUGUAGAAGGAAUCAAAAGGUUGGAUACCGCCACGACAGAAGCCUCCGGUGAUCCAAAAUGCUUUAUCAUUCCUCGGACUCUCGCGUCCGCUGGCUGACGCGUGAAGUUUUUUCAGGCUGACCUUGCUGGGAGGUUACCGGGUACAAACCCUGCAGCCCAGCGAGAGGAAUCGCCAACAGCCGUCGAGCUCACCCGUUAUUUGCUGUCGGAGCUGACCCCCCCCCUCGCGUCUGGAAAUCCAGCGACACCGGCGAAGAGGACACAGAGAGAAGGGAAUGAAGCUGGCGAGCCAGGCGGGAUUCCCAAGGAGCUUUUCGCCUCACUGACAAAAUUUCUUGACCCAAGACGCCGGAUGAAGAGAGCGCGGCAUCUCCGAGACCCCACCGCGUCCUGGCCACGCUUGUUGAGUAACUCGCUCUCCUGAGGAAACCUGCUGGAUCAGGCGGGGAACACCCGAGCCUUGCGUUAGGAGAGACCUCGAACAAAUCGCAGCGCGACGUUUUCGGCUUGCGCCGCGGGCGUUUCCGAGCUGCCAGCGGCGCUCCUUCCCCAAGGGGGUCGUCCCGCGACAGCCGGGAACGCCCGCGAGAGCGAACUCCCUCAGGACCAGCCUGCACAGAUGGAGAGUCACUUUAGACAUAACUCAGGGGUGAGAUUACCCCUGCGCCGCGGCAGCGGCGGUCGGCGCCAGGACCCCUCCUGGGGGGCUCAGGCGCGUCGGCUGCGGAAGGAACCCCCCCCUCCUCCCCACUCUCCAAACCCCCCCCCAACUCUCCAAACGGACUCACGUGCGAAAUCCCACUGUAACUAAUCCUGUGUGAAGACUAGUUCUGCGAACUACCUCAAACGUCUCGCGGAGUGAGACCUGCCCAAGGGGCCCGCGGGUCAGCGGAGCCCGGCGAGCGACGGCAACCAGCCCAGGUGCGGCUCCGGCCUCCCCAGGAAUCGCUCCCAACUGCUCGCGUCCACGGGCCAGAGCCCCGCGUGCGUCACGUGCGCUGCUGGGUACAGAGAGAGGAAACCAUUCCUGGUGGCAUGGAAUCGUGUACAGACAGAGAGAGGAAAAUCAUUCCUGGGGGCAUCGCCGUGCAGACCAAACGGAGCAGCGGUUAGAACUCUUUUUGAGUUUAGUUUUCUGUGUGUCUGUGUGUGUUUUGUUUGUUUGGGUUUUUUUUUUCCAUUGAGUUGCUUGAUGUAAUUAUUUGAUGUCACUGUGUCUCUGUCCCUCUCCCGGCGGGGAGCGCGAGGAACCGGUUUGCUGCUCGGAUUUUUCAUUCCUGGCCCUUCGCGAGGUCCUGGUGGGCUGCUGCGGGCAGCGCGUUUUGGGCACCGAGGAAAUGCGCGUGCCGCGUCCUGCUGUAACCCUCAGCGCCGAGAGGUGCCCGGCCACCCCCCUGCCCCGCGGGAGGGACGGCGGCGUCAAAGCUGCUCCUUGGGGACGACACACCACGACGUCCCACUGCUCCUCGGGCCUGGUUUCUCGCAAUCCCGUCCCCCCGGGAUUGCGGCGCAUGCCUGGACCGCAGCCGUGAGGAGGUGACGGUGGCAGACACGUUGACCCCGUGUCCCCAAGGGAUGACGCUGCCUCCUGCCAAGCCCGGGAGGAUGCGGGGAUGGUUGAUGCCUUACGGUGGCGCGGUGACGGUGGGUCUGGUGCUCCGGCACAGCCUGUAGUGGCCAAACUGGUCAUCCCAGCCCAGGUAGAGACCCCCCCCGUCGAUCCCAGUGACGGUGUGACGGUAUCGCUGGUGGGUGAUGCCUCCGCCUGGGUGGCGUGGAGGGGCCGGCCCCUCCCGGGGGCCAAGCG